GCGCAGACGUCACCAGCGGGAUUAGGCGGGUGAUGGCACUGAGAUUCCCUCACAUUAAUCAAAUAAGUACAGUUUGUCAGCCCAUUGAUGUGAGGGCACAACAUAUAUCGAUUUACCCUUUUUGUCGGAGCACUUUGGUGUUCAUCCGUCCGACCGAAGGGGAUCUGAGUCCGGGCCGUCGGACUCUAAAUCGUCGUAGUUUGAGAGCUAACGGCUCACUGGAUUUGUUUGGGACCAGCAGCGAAUAUAAAGAUCGUCUAAUAAAUCUACCGAAGGGACAUAACUCACGAGCGGAACAAGGUGGAGGGGGAAGAUAAUUAUGCCAGAUCCGGACACUGAGGUGGCAGUCCCCUCUUCGUCGGGCAGUAAAGGAAAGGGGAAAGGCAAAGGGAAGAGAGAGGAACCGCUUUCUCUCGAUGACUGUCUGUGUCCGGUGUGCUUGGAUUUGUUUCUGGAGCCGGUGACGUUGCCCUGCACGCACACUUUCUGCAAGGGCUGCUUCCUGGAAUCGGUGGACAAGAGUACGCUGUGCUGUCCCAUGUGCAGGAAGCGCGUGUCUACUUGGGCCCGGCAAAACAACAAGAACAAGACUCUGGUCAACCAGCAGCUGUGGACGCAGAUCCAGGUCACCUUCCCACAACACUGCCAGCGACGCAUCGGCGGACAGGAUGCCGUCAACAAAGACGACCUGACGGCCUUUUUCCCCAGGAUGAGUCAGCCUGGUGAGCUGAGACAAGAAUAUCAGGAACAGAUCAGCAAACUGUCCGAGGAGAAACGAGAGCUAGACGAGGAGGAGCAACGGGCCAGCGAGGAGUACAUCCACAGACUCCUGGUCGAGGAGGAGAAGAUGCUGCUGGAAGAGCGCAGGAGGAGCGAGGAAGAUGAGAGGCUGGCCUGGGUGCUCAGCAAAGAGCUGAACGCUGCUCCCGUCUCCCCGGACAACCAUCAUCCUGCUCACAUCACUCCAGCCAGGAAGAAAGUGAACACGACGGGGCACAUUGAAAAGUUCUUGUGUCGACUUCCGUCCAAGUCGAGCCCGUCAGGCUGCAGCUCGGCUUCCACUUUGAUUUCUAACAAGGAGAAUAUCCUCCUCUCUCAUGGGCAUCCCCUCCCUCUUGCGGAUCUCUACAGCAGUCAGCGGGACCAACCGGACCACUCUCGCUCCGGUCCGGCCUCGCCAUUGGAGGCUCGUCACCGCAGAAGCUGUCACGCUGAUGAAGGAACGUCCAAGAGGAAAAGCUCUGAACAUACCGACGAAGAGGAGGCAAAGCGACGAUGCCACCGUUCGCCCUCUUCUUCCUCUUCGCCCCUAGAGGGCGCCUUAGUGAUACAGGCGGAACUGGAGGCCAAGCUGGAGAGGCGCCGUCACCAGGAGGAGGCUGACCGGCAGAUGGCGCUCCUCUUGCAAGAGGAGCUCGACCAGGAGGAGAGCCGGCAACAAACGGACCGGAGAAAAGGCUCUGCCGACGCGUACCCCCUCAGACGCGGGACCCCCAACUCCCACAGGAGAAACCCCAGGACUAACAAAACCUCCCCCACGUCCCUGUCCUCCUCCUCACCCUCCUCUUCUCCGGAAGCAUCCACCUCCUCCUCGCAAAACGGAAGCGGCCAACAGCCCACCCUCACUGACAUGUUUUCUGGCCUGGGCAGCUAAACCCCCCCCCCCCACCGCCCCAAGGAAUGUCUCACUGGCCUUUGUGUGCUCGCCCCACAAUGGGGUCUAAAAGCUGCUUCCAAGAGACAACAAAAACAGACCAAUUUGAGCCUUAAUACUGUGAACCCACGUAUAUUUGCAGUUCAGCUUUCACAAGUUCGCCUAUUUUGAAAUUUUACGGGCAACCUAUCCUCCGUUUCUGACUCAAAAGCUCACCUGGUCACUGCUUUUGUGCUCAGA